CGAUCGCGAAGCGGCAGUCAGUUCGUCAGUAUAGAAAACGUUGCCGCCGAUACACGUUCCUGAACCGACCUUUAGCGCGGCAUGUCAUAGAAUUAUUUACGCGGGUUUUGAUUUUUAAAUAUGGAAUAGAUCGCGUUCAUAGACAAUUACAUUUUGAAAAUGGAUUUAUAUUCCGAGGCUAGUAGUGGGACGAGGGUAUUAACAGCGAGACAUGUUAGUGUGGAUGUUCGAUUUCCAGACACCAAUAAUGCAAUUAAUACAACUUUGUUGUGCCACAGUUAUAGUCUUGCACCUGAUAUCGGAACUUAUUUUGCAGCCCUCAACACAUACGCUUGGGUGCUAUUUAUCUGCGGCCUGUUCAUCCUACUAGCUUUAUGUAUAUUGUAUAUAAUAACGCUCCGAUCGGCGCUAAGGCACUGGAGCGAAUCGAAAUUAAGUGUGGGUGUAAUACUCGGAAUUUAUCCUAUAGUAGGCGCUGCGGGUUUCGUUGCAAUAAUUGUCCCUCGAGCUCGAAUCAUUAGCGAGGCGGUUGCACAAGAAGCUGUGAUGAUAGCUAUGUACCAUAUAUACUUUAUGAUAAUGGCUGAGUGCGGUGGAACCAAUCAACUAGUCAGACGUUCAGGAGGGUCACAUUUGGAAACACGUGUUCCUCCUUGUUGUUGCUGGCCAUGCUGUGUUUUACCAAGGCCUCAGAUACAAAAAAAAACUUUAACAUGGUUAAGGUUUCUAAUCCUACAAGUGCCGAUAAUCCAAGGCAUAAUAUACUUUAUCAUUCUUAUACUUUGGGCUGAAGAUAUGAUGUUACAAAUCCACAGCUUUGUAUACAUGCAGCCGUUUAUCGCGGCGUCUAUUCUCUCUGGUAUUUGGGGUAUAAUGAUGUGUAUCCGAGCGGCGGAGGCCGCCGGCGCCAAACCUAGAUUGCGUUUUCUUGCCGUCCAGCUCGUACUAAUUAUUGUUAAACUGCAGUGCGGCAUCGCUAGAGUAGUGCCGGAUCUGUUUAACAUAUCUUGUAUUAUGCCGUUACACCCGUCUGUGAUUGUUAAUCUGAUACAAAAUAUGUUGAUGAUGUUCGAAAUGCUCCUACUCUCUAUAUGGGCGUGGCGGCUCUACUCCACACCUCCAGGGAAAGUCGCCGAAAAAGUUCAACAAGUUGUCGUAGCUGUACUCGACGAUAGCAUCAACUCUAUCGAUCUGAAGUGCAAGGACACAGACGAGAAAUCUCAUACGACCGACAUAAAACAUGUCAUGUGAAUAAUUUAGUUAGUUAUUUUAAUGUUUACGUUAAGAACGCACGAAGAUACCUGUAUCGAAUACAUAAUUUGUUUUAUAAUAAAACACUGUAUGAAAGUA